AUGAUUCCACGCAUUCUACGACCUGAUUAUACAUGGCCGCGGCCCUUAACCUCCACGGUCUCGACGAUAACGCCACCUGUUCCCCAUGUCCCGUGCAGAACCAUCCGGAUAGUAUGGGGCAUCUUGCACAAGUUACUAUACUGCUUCUCUUGUUGGUAUUGCUCCUGGUUCAGAAUCCAUUUUGAUGCCAACGUCGUGCAAUUGCCGUUCGGUCUCGUUAUGAAAUGGACAGAUCGAACGAGUAUCGAAGAGGUGGUCUCUAUGCAAAUGGCAGAUGCUGCCGGUAUUCCUGUUCCCAAGGUUCUAUGUUGUGGUGAACAUCCAAAAGCUCCAUUCAACAGAAGGAUCUCCAUACUAAUGACCCGGCUGCCUGGUGUAUCUCUUGAUAAUUCAGAUGAUGAAUUGCAGAGUGACUCCGAGGAGCCGUGGUUAGAGGAGCUUAAAAUGUGUAUGCAUUCUAUGCGUCUAUGGACUCCUCCAAGUCCGGAUUCCAUCUGCUCUCCUAUCGGGACGUCCCUACGAAGCUCAAGGGUUCCUGAUCAUAUAAUGGGACCUUUCACAGAUCAGACACAGUUUUUUGAGUAUCUGAUUUCUCCGGCUUCAUCCCAUGGAUUCGACUCCAGGUUCGAAUUUGAGAAUGCUCUAGCGCUUGCAAAGAAACUUUCACAGCACAAGUACCGAACCACGUUCACUCAUGCCGAUUUCAAGGCUCAUAACAUUCUCGUUGAUGACAAUGGGCACUUAUCUGGGUUUCUGGACUGGGAAUGUGCGGGAUGGUACCCAGAGUACUGGGAAUUUACAACGGCAAUGCGAUUUGGCAAAGGAAGCUGGUGGUUUCAAGUAGCUUCUUGGAUGGGAGGGGAUGAUUAUUCCAAUGAGCUGGAUUCGGACAUUGCUUUGAACCUAUUGACAGUUGACUCGUACAUAGCAAUUUAA